AUGAAUCUUUCAAGACAGCUUGAGUUCACUCCGAGAUUUUCAUCCUUCUUCAAGUUCUAUUUGGGACAUAUCAGCUCUAACACUUUGCAAAUUCCCACAGGUUUUGUUGCACAAAUGAGAGGACUCGUACCGAAAAAAUGUAUCUUGAGAAAUGAUCGAGGAAAAUGCUGGAGGAUCAAUGUUGGAAUGGUGGGACAAGACAUGUUUUUCACAAAGGGAUGGUCAGUAUUUGUCUUAGAGAACUCACUUGAAGAUGGUCAUUUACUAGUUUUUUACUAUGACGGGGAAAUGACUUUCAACUUUACGCAUUACGAUCAUUCGGCAUGUGAGACUCCGGAAAAUCCCUUUUUCGUGACGAAACUUCAAAGAAAGAAACCAAAUGGACUGCAUGUUCCUGCUGAUAUGAUGAGAAACUAUGGCAUUAAGCUUCCUUCGACUGUUUUGAUGAUCGAUCAAGAAGGGAGGCAAAUCUAUACGGAGGUGGUGACGUGGACGGAUGGGAGGACGAGGAUCGUGGAGGGAUGGAAGUUAUUUGUGAGGAACAACAACCUUAGCGAAGAAGACAGGUGCAUUUGUGAGAUCAUGGUCAACGAUGAUGAACCGCCGCAAGUACUCUUCUUGAAGAUGACGGUUCUUCGAGCCGGUUCAUGGCUUCCCAAAUUUAUAGGCCGUCAUAAUAUAUAA